AUGGCUGUAGUUACAACUCAAAAACUACUACGACAUUUCUGGGGUCCUGUUGCAAAUUGGGGACUUCCUUUGGCAGCAUUAGCAGACUUAAAGAAAGACCCUGAGAUGAUCAGUGGUAAAAUGACUGCAGCACUUGCAAUUUAUUCAUCAUUAUUCAUGAGAUUUGCUAUCAGAGUACAGCCUCGUAACAUGUUACUGUUUGCCUGUCAUGUAACCAACUUUUCUGCUCAAAUGAUACAAGGUGGAAGAGUUAUCCAUUAUCAUUAUUUUACACCAGUAUCAGAGAGGAAAAAACAUCAUAUUGAAGUUGUAGAAGAGGAAAUUCAUCACCAUCCUGAGAGAUACCCAGAAAUUCAUCCAAUACCAUUAGAUCACCUAACACCCAGUCAGGCUGAAAAAGAAGUGCAGGAAUUUGACAAGAAAUAUUCUCUUCCUAAAGAACCAGAGCCACAUAUAAAGCCUACAUUAUAAAGCUUUUGACAAAAGUUUAUAAAUUUUAACGAAUUUGUCUGAUUGUUUUAAGGCUGAUUUUUAAAUAAAGGCAUUCCCUCUAAAUACGCAGAUCAAUAAGUUUGAAGGUUAUUGUACGGUUUUAAUGAAAAAAGUGUGAAAGUUCAAACAGAAUUUUUAAUUACUAUGUAUAAUAUGAUAUAAUGGUUGAAGAUGUUACACUAGUUUUUGUGGUUAAAAUAUAGGACUUUCAUGAAACUCACUUCCGAAAGCCUGAAUCAGAUUUUAAUAUAACAAUGGUGGAAUAAUUUUUUUUUUUCUUCUUGGGAAGUCUACUGGUAUAAAUACUGGUUUAGUGCAGUGAUUAGCAAUGGUGAAAAGUAAAUAGAAAAUAAUGUGUUUCUUUAAUUUGUAAACGUUUCCCGCUUUAUAAUUGACUUUGAUUACACAUAAUUACAAAUAUGUAGGAAGGCAAAGCACCAUUAACAAUGAUUAAUCAUUUCUAUAUUAAUAUAAACCAAAUAUUAUCUUUAAAUUAACAGGGAUUAAAAAAAACCUAAUUGUUGAAUCUUCUUUAAGCUGUAUUGCAGUAUAAUAACCUGCUUCAAAUUUUAAUUUAAGAAUAAAUUAAAUGAUUCUGGAAAGGAGUUUCUGGAAAGGGCUAUAUAAGAGUGAAAUAUAAAAUAUCUAUGCUGACAGAAUUUUUAAAAUCGUACAGCAAUGUGCUCCAUGACUGAAAUUAUUCAAAAACAUUGUAUUAUAUUCCAAAACUUAUGGUACCAAAAAUAUUUAAAAUCUUUUACUUGCCAUGAACACAUUAGAUGAGAGAGUUGCCAUCAUAUUCAGUGUUCUUCUCUGUAUUUUCAUAUAGCACCGUAGGUUUGAAAUAUAAACUGUGUUUCCAAAUUGGCCAAAGUUUUAGCACAAAAUUAAUCAAUAGCUAUUUCAUAGUGCCAUAAGGCUCUGGUAGGAACACCCACAUGUUUAAUUGCAUAUUGCCUCUUAGGGCUCUUCCUGAUAUAAAUAUAUGAGAGUAGGCACUUUUUAAACCUUUAUCAGGAAUAAAUAUUGUAUUUGACCUGUCAUAUUAAUAUUUGUCCUACUCUUUAUGACACUGGGUGUAGAUUUUGUAUAAAAUUUGUUUUUGCUGACUUAACUUUUUGGUUCAUCUAUACCAACAACAUCCAUGGAAAAUUCCUAAUUCACAGACUAGAAUUAAUCCAUGGUAUACAUGGUAUUUUCUGCAUUGAAUUAUUAUGUACAUGAAAAUGAAUAUAUAUUAAUCUUGAUCGGCAAUUUGUACAUUUUCCCUUUGAUCUUACUGCCUAAUAUUUUUAAGAUCAUGGACAGGACUUGAUACUAAAAAAAUAUUAGGCAAUGACGUCAUGUAUCAGUGCAGCAACAUCACAUGCUUAAGUCCAUCCGUGUCAAAAUAUCAAUGAAAUUCAUGCGACUCCAUUCAUGCAACCCAACAACUAUCCCAACGUUUCGUAUGGGUAAAAGUAGUUUUUCUCACUAUUUCAUUUUACUUCAUAUUCUCAACCAAAAAAAACAUAAAGUUAAGACAAAUUGCUGAUAAAAAGAAUAAGCUGGUUCGCUUGAUAUUCUUACUGAUAAAGUCAGUAUCAAAAACAAAAUUGCCAUUAUUCUAUGUAUAUUAGCCAGAGAGAUUGCUGUGGCAACAAUCAGUCUGUUUUAGGGCUGUUGGACGUCUAAUAUAAAAGUCUAUAUAUAAUCCAUACAGAGUCCUCGAAAAGUGGUGGUCCGAAGAUUUUGACCACCAAAACAUCGGACCACCAAAAUUUUGCAAAGGACCGACACAAUUUUGGUAUUUUACAAUAAAAAUGAUAGUGAUGACCAGCCGAUUGUCUUCACGGACCACCAGGGAAUUUUUUUUUUUUUUUCGAGAACUCUAAUCCAUAUAACAGACCCAGACUUGGAGAUGCAAGUUUCUGUCUUGAAAUUGUAAAAGAUCUAUUGUUAGUCAGAUCAAUGAUACAUCAUUCCUUUCCUUACUAAUUUCUCCUUGACAUAUUUACAUUUUAUUUACUGACUACCCCAUGUAGUACAAACAAAAGCUUAUUACUCUCAACCUUCCAUUUUUGCCAACAUCAGAGCAAUCUCAGACUACAUCUCUAUAUGAUAAUAACUUAGCACAUAGUAAAGAUGUAUAUAGAAGUAGACAUGUAAGCUUCUGAAAACAGAAAUUAAAAAAACAAUAGUAUGAUAAAUUUUGUCCUCCACCAUGAUGAAAAAAUAAAUUGUGUUGGAUACAUACAAAAGAUGUAAAGGUACUCCAACAGUUUUAGACUAUGUGAACUACAAUCUGUACUAUCAUUGGUGUUGCACUUGCAAAAAAAUAGUGGUACUAUCUAAAAUGUACGUAACUAAACACCCAUAUAUUUAAUACUAAGUAUUGGUAUAGUUUUCCUGAUUGGAAUCACUGCAACUUUUCAAGCUGCUACUCUGUGAACCUUGUAUGAAUGUGAAAAUAUUUACCCUUGAAAGUAGGUCACAGAGGCCUAGUUAUUUCACUCCUUAUUACCUUGUUUGGGUUCAUAUAUGUGUCCUGUAGUCAUGUGUCCUAGUAUAACCAACAAUGUAGAUUCAGGCAGGGCUAUUAUUUUUCCAAAAAAUAGGACCCGGGUAUUUGAAAUACCUGUAACUUUUUUUUAUUAGUCCCCUUCCGACGAAGUCGAAGGGGACUUUAGGUUUGCACCCUGUCCAUCUGUCCAUCCGUCAGUCCGGCAAAUCAGUUUUCCACACUUUUUUUCUUCGUGCUUGAAGAUAUUAAUUUGAUAUUUUGUGUAUUGUUUUAUCAUGACUAGUUACAGAUUAAGUUCGAAUUUUGUUCCGGUCUGAUGAUUUUGUGCAGAGUUAUGGUCCUUGAACUUAGAAAAUUCCCUCAAAUAAUCAGUUUUCCGCACUUUUUUUGGUCAUGCAUGAAGAUAUUGAUGUGAUGAUUGGUAUAUAGUUUUAUUUAUUUAGGUUUUUAAAAGACAAAUUAAAGCAGCUUUAGCUUAGCUAUUAGGUGACGACAAGUUUGACUUUGUUUAUUAAGGGGAUAUAAUCAAUUCAAAAGACUACACAUAGGUGAUGAACAAUCAAGACUCUGUUGUUAUAGCUUUUCUUUUGUUUUGUUGUGUAUUUUGUGCCAUAUGUGUUAGGAUUUGUAUUUUUUAUUUACUACAGAUGUUGAUACAGACAAAAUACACUUUAAAUUUUUUGUUUUAAGGUAUAAAAUGUCAUGACAAUAUAUUAAAUUAUUAAUAUUA